CCUAAAACCUAGAUAGGAAAACAUGUUUGUACAACAGAAAUAUAUGCUGUCACUUCAUAUAUAAACUCUUUUAUGUUAUAUUAUCAUUUUAAGAGGAGAGCGUAAAUGUCACAGCAAAACCGAACAUUAUGUAAAGAGUCUUCCGAUAUAUAGAAAAGUUAUCUUGGAGUUACAACUGAGGUCCACGACCUGUAGCCUGGUAUGAUCCUUUCAGUGACACUUGGGUUUCGACAGUAGGUUUCAGAAGUUAAAAAAAGGGCCGUUUUAAAACUCAGGAGUGAGCUAAUCUGUAAUGGGAUGAGCAAGGAUCAGCCACUAUUUGAUCCCAUGUUGUUUGUGUGUACAAGAGUCCGCACGUGCUCCACAGACACACAGAGGAAUGUGCUGCCGUAAUGUAAUGCAUUCCCAUGCUGUUUUACAUGGCUUUGAAUGCUCAUACAAAUAGUAGUGUGUGUGUGUGUGUGUGUGUGUGUCUGUCUGUCUGUCUGUCUGUCUGUAGGUGGGUGAAAAGCCUCCGAAGAUAAGUGUAGUGGUUCUGGCCUAGUGGAGAGUGGAUGAGGUACAGCGAUGAAGGCCCUCAGCAGGGGAAGCAGAAGUCUGAACAGGCCUUAGAGGAGUGGGAGGAGAACUCUCCUCGCCUCAUGAAGAUGGCAGCGCAAUCACACACUGCCAGUGAGCUUCCUUUGGAGGAGCUGCUGGCUCUGUAUGGCUACACAGUGUCAGACCCAGAGAAGGAGACCUGUCGCAUGGCUGCCAGUCUGCCAGGCAUGACACUGGACAAGGAUCAGAUAACUGAGGAUCUCUUUCCUGGGGAGGGGGAAGAAGAAUCAUCCGCUGAUGAUCUCACCCCUUCAGUCACCUCAAACACCUCAGAUCUGCUCCGCCGUCUCCAAGGUGGAGACAAAGACACGUUGGUCAGCCCAUCAGAUGAGGACUCUGACAGUGCCUCUGUACCCUCCAAUGAAGAGCACAAGGAGAUCAUGGUUGGCUCUAUGUACCAGGCAAAAAUACCUCCACUCAGUCCGUAUACCUACCAGGAGAGGGCCUACAGCAGUGAGGACCAGUUGCUGUGGAAGCCAGGUGUUCUGCCGGUGCAGGAAGUGGAGGAUUUCUUGCUGAAUACACAGAGACCACGUGGCCAGGAGGGGGCAGCAUACACACCGAUGCAAGGCGACACUGUCCGAGACAACGAACAGGCACUGUAUGAACUAAUAAAAUGCAACUUCAAUGCAGAGGAGGCACUGAGACGAUUGCGCUUCAACGUAAAGGUUUUCAGUGAUGAGCUGUGUCUCUGGAGUGAGGAGGAGUGCAGGAACUUUGAGCACGGCUAUCGAGUUUACGGGAAAAACUUCCACCUCAUUCAGGCUAAUAAGGUACGAACGCGCUCUGUGGGCGAAUGUGUGGAGUAUUACUACAUGUGGAAGAAGUCUGACCGUCACGAGUAUUUUACCCAGCAGGCCACCAGACUCAGCCGCAAGAAAUACAGCCUGCAAUCAGGGAGCAUGGAGGAUGGAGACCAGGAUGUGGAGGUUGGGGAGCUGGAAGGAAGCAACAAUUCCUCAGGCUUGUCAUCUCACAGCUCCGUGGGCCCUGGGCAGCCAGAGUCCCCAUUACCUCCACAGUCAAACUUGGAUUUGGACAAACGAGAUGAUGAGCUGGUGAUGGGGCUGUCAGAGCUGUGUGGAGACGGAUGUCCUCAGCAGCUGUUUGGCUGUCCCUUCGCUCUGCCACCCCUGGAUGACCUGCUGGAUCCUGGCUCAGAUAGUUGUUGUCCCUCAGCUCCGGUCCAGCUCCAGUCCCAGCCAUCUACCCUGAGCUCCCAGUGGGCCUGCGGGAGCCCUCCGUCCUGCUGUGACGACCACUGCCUUCCAGGCUCCUGCUUCUACCAGCUACACAUGCGAGGUGGACCUUUUGUUUCUGAGGACCCUAACUCUGGUGCACCUGGCAGUGGGACUGGCAGCCCCCACGGGCUGCAGGUGGAAUUUAGCCUACCGUCUGCCUCACCUCCCUCAUCUGCUGUCCUCCCAUCACACUUCCAAGCAUUUGGCAGCCUGCUGCACCCCUCUCCUGUCCAGCAUUCCCACUCUUUUACACAGUGAGGGGACACAGGAGAAUCAAAACUGAGCGGUACUCUUUGUGGUUUGCCUUUUGUUGAAAAUGUUGAUCAGUGUUGGUAUUUACACCAGGCUUACAGAAAACAGGACAAAAAGUGCAUUUACCUAAAAAAGGAUGGACCUACUACCUGUGCUGGGGGCUGGGGGGGUUACUUGUCCGUCUGAACCCUCUUUUUAAACUGAAACACUUGAACCUUCUGUCCAUUGUGGAAAUGUUAAUCACUACUUUCAGGUGAUGAUUAUGUGUUUAUUAACACUUUAUUACCACAACCUGCACCAAGGUAAUGCUAUUAAUUGGCUGUCACAAAUACUUGUGAAAGCGCAGUGCAGGCGAUGAACUCUGUAGUUCAACAGAACAGAUCAGUGAUUGACAAUGUGAACAACUGUUGCUUUAUUUUUGUAUUUAUCAAGAUGGAGAAGUUUGACUUUUGAAUUUUCACAGCCAAUAACGUUCCUUUGUGUUCUGCUAAUCGUUCAGCACCUUUGCUGCUGCAGCCAUUUGAGCUGUGUCUCUGAACAGUGCAACAGUGACAUGGCUGCUGGAAGUCUGACCACAGAGUAAAAUCUGUCCAUUCAAACAAUAUACAGUAGUUUAUUUAAAACUUUAUACACCGCCUAUAACUGUUUCUCUCUUUUCUGUUCCUCACGUCUGUUUGGCUGAUUUCUCUGAACUUCCGGCCUCCUCCACUCCAGACCUGAAACUAAAGAAUAUUUUCUAACAUUUAUUUAAACAUGAAGCGGUGUAGGAACAACAAGGAACAACAAUAUUUUUGCAGAUUUUUUUUUUUCUUUUUAGUUUUGGAAUUUUCAUCCUUGUUCUUCCCUUGUGGAUUUAUAUUGAGGUUUAUAAAUGUGCAGUGCUUUUGUCAUCAUUUCUGCUCACCAUUUUAUUCAUGUCGAAUAUUUAGUACCACGAAGAGCCUGUUUAACCUGCAGAAUAGGCUUAGAAUAAAAUAUGUAAAUGUAAAAUGUACAUAUAGGUAAGUCACUGAAUCCAAACACAGUUUCUCAGGUUCUCCAGCUUUGAUGAUCCAUUCAGCAGAGGCUGACCUUCAAUGAUCAGUGAGAGUCAGCCACUGUUAGUGACAGAUGUUGGGGUCCAGAGGUUAUCCUAAAAUGAUGCUUAUCAGUUCUGGAAUUUUCUUUUUAACUCCUGAAGCUUCCGAUUUAUUUUAGUGAAAUCCCAGCUUUGAGCUCUUUGAAAACCAGCAUCAAGGAAGCAACAUCCAAUUAAAGUCCAGUCUGUGGAAAUGUUUAAACAAAUGAACAAUAGUAAUAUAAGGACAGAGUUGUGCAUUAAACAAAUACAAGGCAGCUCUCGUUUUCCUCUGAAUCGUUUCCUUGUGCAUGUUUAAUGAACUCUACCAGACAUGAUGAAAUAUACAGAAAAAUGACACAUAUGUACAUGUAUUUAAAUUUCUAAUAAUUAUUGUUUUAUAGUACAAAUCUCUUAUGAAGAACUGAAUACAGGUGCUCUAUUCCCAUGGCCCCAUUGAUUAGAGCUGUCAAGCUGUCAUGUUAAUUUUGAGAGUUAAAAAAAUGUAUACUCUGUAUUUUUUCAGUGCACCUCUGUCAGGAAACGUUACAGGGAAAGAAAGGAUUUUGCUGGUUACUCUUCCUUUCAUCUGUCCGUCUAUUUAUUCCUGAUUUCUGUCCAUAAACAUUCAAAACUCUUCCUGGGAUCCCUGUUUAAAGCCAAGUCGGUUCCAGAUCAAUGUUUGUUUUGUCUUUGACUGUUUACAUGAGGGGGGUUCAGGACAAGACCACGAAGGCAGGAAAAGGAGAAGAAUCACUGCCUUUUAUUAGUUCUUUAUUUUUAGCAAUUUCUAUAUUGUACUGCUUCUGUCAUGUUUGUUUAUAAUUAUUAUAUUUUGUAAAGAAGAAACAAUUAAAAUGAACAGCGGUGAAAUAUUAAGAUGGAUUGCUUUUGUAUUAGUUAUUUUGAAGCCUGAUGUAGCACUGGCUGUUGUUUGCGAGAUGAACAGAAUCCCAUGAGCAGGGAAACUACUGUGGAUAAUCAUAUCUUGUCAUCCUCAUGUUCACAAGUGGAAACUGUAAAUUUUAAUGUAAAUGUUAAAUUGGGGAUGGGAGUGAUUUCCAGAGCUGGUUGUGUCUGUACCUCAUUUUCCUUUGUGUACAGUAAAUGUGGUAAGAGGAGCCUCUCAGCUGAACCCUCUGCUGUGCCAAAUGCCUGCAAAACA